GUUAUAAUGAAACUUCGUAAGAAGAUACCUAGAGAAAUCCUUAAAGAUAAAAUUGUGUCUCAACAGGAAAAUCGAUGUUUUACUACCGAUCAUAAAUUUUAUGUUCGACGUACUCAGUGGCGGAGCCAAGGGGGCGCGAGGGUGUGCGCAAGCACCCCCUUGCUCCAGAAAAUUCCACUAGUAAACUACAUAUUACAGCGAAGAAGACGACCACCGCUUCCACGCCCAACUCAUUGACCUCUACACCAACUCCGGAAAGCUCCACCGUGCCCUCCUCAUCUUCGCCGAUAUCCGCCGCCACUCCAGCAUCAUCGCCUAGACAUCCGCCAUCGCCCACAUCUCCCGCUCUUGCCGACCCCUCGAUGGCUAGAUGCCCUCUCCCUCUUCGCUCAGCUCCACGCCUCUGCCAACCUCGCUCCCAACUCCCACACCUUCUCUACCAUCCUUCCCGCUUAUGCCGGUGUUAGCGUAGGCCGCUUCGGCCGCCAGAUCCACGGCCUCGCUCUCCGGCACAGCAUCGAGUCCCUGUCUAUGUCGCCAAUGCCUUGACCAACAUGUACGUGAAAUACGGCCAGGUCAUGGAUUUUCUGAAAGGUGUUCGACGAAAUGGCUAUGAGGAACCUUGUCUCUUGGAAUGCGUUGAUUGUGGGGCUCGUCCACAUCAAGCUAUACUACGACGCUAUGGAGGCUUUUUGCUUGUUGUUGAACGAUGAUGGGUCCUUGACCCAAAUCAGUUGAGCUUGUCCAACAUGUUGAGUGUGUACUCAAAUGCGUGCAGCAUCAUAUUCGGGAGAGCGGUGCACGAACUGGCGGUUAAGCUUGAGUCGUCUUUGGCCUAUGUGAGGAACUCGCUCAUUGACAUGUAUUGCAAAUGUGGGUGCUUGGAUGAAGCUGCAAAGGUGUUCGACAUAUGCUCCGACAGAGAUGUUGUGACUUGGAAUGUUAUGAUGAUGGGUUGGAUCGAAAGUGAUUGCCCCGAAGAUGCUUGUGGUUGUUUCCUACAUAUAAUGGGAGAGGGAGUUUUCCCAGACACCAAGCUUUGGCCAUACUAGAUAUAGUGGAAGAGGGAGUUUUCCCAGAUGAAACCUCCUUUUCUAUCUUACUCUAAGCUUUGGCCAUGCUAGCUUCAUGGGGUUAGGGUGUUGCAGUCCAUUCCUUGACAGUGAAAACCGCGUGCGCGAUCACCAUGUAUGCAAAAUGCGGUAGGAAGAUGCAUAUCAGACCUUCAAUGGGGCAAAGGACCAGUUAAAUAUGGUCGCUUGGACAUCCAUGAUAACUGCUUUCCAACAACAUUGGCAUGGAUCCAAAGUGAUCAAAUUGUUUGAUGAAAUGGUGGAUUUGGGGAUCGACCUAGACUACAUCACAUUUGUUAUUGUUCUGUCAGCUUGCAGCCACAAUGAGCUUGUUGAUCAGGGAUUCAAGUACUAUGCUUGCAUGGUAGACUUGCUUGGAUGAGCUGGCCACUUGGAUGAAGCAAUGCAAUCCAUUGAUGCAAUGCCAAUACAGCCUGAUUCAUCUGUGUGGGGUGCUUUGAUUGCAGCUUGUAGGAAGUUUAGGAACUUAGAACUCGACAGCAAAGUGGCACAAAAGCUCUUCAGGAUCGAACCCCAUAACUCCGACAACUAUGUAUUGUUUUCAAACAUGUAUGCAUCCCAUGGAAUGUUGGAAGAAGCUAAAGAGAUCAGGAGACUGAUGCAAUUCAAUGGGGUGAGGAAGGAGACUGGAUGCAGCAUCAAACAAGAUGUUUGUUUUCACAUGAUUAAUCGCACCAUGCUACAGAGCAGAUAUAUACGAGAUGUUAGGGAGGUUGAAGGAGUUGGUGAAGGCAAAAGUUCCAUGGGCUAAUUCUUCUAUACUAGCUAGUGGAGCUAGCUCGCGUGAGACAACAGGCAACAAGAAAGCCCGGCCAGAAGGCUGAGAAUUUUCUGACAGAACUUCAAGCAUGACUAGGCACCGCACCUACGGGUGAGAAUGAUGGGUAUCUCAGGAUGUUCUACUCAUAUAACAAAAGAUGAUUUGUUCAUUUUAAUAUUCUUGUCAAUCCGUUCCUAAAUCAAUAGAAAAAAGAUAAAUUAUGGAUGACUACUAACUAAUAAUGGCUAAAGUACGUACGAAAGACAAUAAUUGUCCUGAUCAUGGUUGGAUGUAUGCUCGCUCUCAUGCUUUUAGAGUUGACAAACCAUCUAAUUUCCAUUCUCAUCCAGCAGUAUACUUUCACCGGGAUUUCUAAUUGUCCAUUAAUUCUUGGCUCGAUUGCAUUCAUCUUAGCCAACGUAGACCGGGGCUGUUUGCUUCAAUAUUGGUUAUGCCUUCAUUCUCUCGGAUAAACAUUAAACUUAAAUGCAUAGUUCACUAGACCUCCACUGCAUCCAUUAUAUAUUGACUGUGUCGCAAUCGACAAAUUGCUUGCUCCGACAAUAAAACGAAUGAGUUGCUUGAUUUUGAUCUGCUUUAUUUAAUUUAUUCCCUCAACUGAUGAGAAAUUAAGCCCUAUGCAAAUGCUAUUUCGAUCUGAUUAAUUUUUGUCAAAACCUUUCAGUAAAUGCUGUUUUGAGUUCUA